GCCGAGGAGAACGGGAAUGAAAAUGGCGGUCUGUUGAGAGAGUAGCGUUACGUACGAGAAUCGUUUUGCGGUUUAAUAAGUGGGAUUUUCUUUGUGAUAGUUUGGAAAAGCCAAGAUGGGGUCAGUUUAUGCUCCCCAAUUCUUAAUGUCAAACAAGGAAACCGAAGAGCAGACAACCUUAUACUUUAGCUCAGAUCUGAUAUAUCGGAUUCGGAUUUUAAUCCACACGUGCAAAUGACUCUUCACUGCUGUUGUGAAUCUUCUCAACUAUGUAUUAGAAGUUCGGACUUGGAAUGCAUUGAUCCAAAAACUGAUUCGAUGGAUGAGUCUGAUAUAGCGGUAUUAGGCGAAAUGAAAAAAAAGAAGAAGAGGAAGCACAAACAUCACAAGCACAAGAAGGACAAAACUGUGGAGAAAGAGGAAAGGAUUGAUCGGCAAGAAAGAAAGAAACAUAAAAAGCACAAACGUCCAAAAAAGAGCAGGGACAAUGAAAAUGGUUCUGUUGAAGAAAAGCCACUCCCAGUUGACGUCAAGUCAUCCAACAUCCAUAAAAAUACAAAUGUUCCUAAAGGGACCAACAUGAAUGGCAAAGUGCAAGCUUCGCAACUUGAGGUAGUUUCCUCUGAGGAAAGUGAAGAUGAAAAACUAAUCGACUUGGAUUCGGACGAAGUUGACUGUACUAUUAUCGAAGACGACAUUGAUCUCGAGGAAUUAAUGAAACAGAAGGAAAGACUUCAGGCAUGUUUAGUGCAAUAUUUAUCUGAUGAUUCUGAGAAAGAGGGUAAAACUCAACUGCAGGAAGGUGUGAUGAAAGUGGCUGAAACACCUGAUAUAAUUCUAGUCGAAGAUGAUAGCGAGGAUAGCAUAUGCCGUAAGAAGCGUCCAAGGAGUAGAUCAGAAAGUAGAGAGAGAAAACGAGUGCCCUCUUCAAAACUUGAGAGGCGUGUAGUUGUUGAUAUGUCCCGAGACAGACGGAGUCGCGAGGAGGCGAAGGACAAAAGACGAGAUACUGACCGCAAACGAGAUGACAAAGUUAGGGGUAGAGACGAACCAAGGCGGGAAGACAGGACAUCGAGAAAGACAAUUGAACGGGCUAAAGAGGAUGCAAGACGUGAAGAAUCACGCAGGAGACUGGAUGACGAGAGGCGAAAAGAAAUGCUCAAGAAGGAGGAAGAGCGCAAGAGAGAUCAUGAACGAAGGGAAGAAGAGCGCAAACGUGAUUCUGAUAGGCACGCUACAAGGCGAGAACCUUCACCUCGCAAUGGAUCCAAGGCCAGAGACAUAAGGUCAGAUUCGAGACACCGUACUAUAAAAUCAGAUAAUCACGAUACCUCAGGUGGUAGGGACCGGUUCUCUGGUCGAGAGAAGAGGGAUAGCCGAGAACGUCAGUUGAAUCGUGACCAUCAAUUGAAUCGGGAGAGACAAGGAAGUCGGGAAAGAAGAGACAGCAGAAAUCACGAUAGAAUACGUGAAAGGUCAAAGAGUAACAGAAGGUCUAGAAGUCCCAUGAGAAACAGGAAUGACAGAAAUGACAGAAAUGAGAGAGCCGAGAGGAAUGAGAGAAACGACAGAAAUGACAGGAAUGACAGGAAUGAUAGAACUGACAGAAACGACAGAGAUCGCCUGGACCGUCAUCGAAGGUCUAGAUCUAUCUCUAGAAGCCGUAGGGAUAGAGAUAGGCAUGGACGCGAUGGUGAGCGGGAGAGGGACAAGAAUGGCAAACGAGACAAAAAUGAUAAGUACAAGGAUUCCUUGUCAGAGGGUUUGAAGGUAGAACAUUCGGAGAGUUCCAGCGAAGAGGACAUCAAAGACAUUGAUAUCGAAGAAGAGGAAGAUGAGGAAGCAAUUAUCGAGCGGCGAAGGAAGCAGAGAGAAGAACUCCUGAAAAGGUUAGGAGGGCCAAGCGAAGAUUCAAAUCUCUCAAUGGAGUUGAACACAGUAGUUAGUUCACCACCGUCAGACAAUGUGUCAGUUGAGUCCCACAAAUCGGUAGAUAUUAUUUCAAACAAUAAUGAAUCAAACUCAGAGAGCCACACUCCACCAUUACCAGAAAAACCAAAAUCACCUCAACAAUCUAUGAAAAAGCGAAAAUCCAGAUUUAACACUGUCGGUGGUGAAAAUAAGGAGGAACAGGAGGAGAUCAAACCUACAGAGAAGUCAAAAUCUGAUGAGAAACAAAAUCCUAAAAAAAGUAACGAGUGGGACAUGUUUGCGGAAGCCGACAAUAUUGGUGAUUUUAACAGUCCUACAGUAGAAGGCAAGAGGCCUGGUGGCCCAGAUAAUCCAAGUUUAACAGACAAUUGGGACGAUGCCGAAGGAUAUUACAGAGUACGAGUUGGAGAAACACUGGAUUCUCGCUAUAUAGUGUACGGUUAUACCGGUCAAGGUGUGUUCAGUAACGUUGUCAGAGCGAGGGAUUCUGCUAGAGGGAAUCUGGAUGUGGCUGUAAAAAUAAUCAGAAAUAACGAAAUAAUGCAUAAGACGGGUCUCAAGGAGUUGGAGAUUCUCCGGAAGCUAAACGACGCAGAUCCCGAGGAUCGAUUCCACUGCCUGCGUCUUUUCAGACAUUUUUUCCACAAAAAUCAUUUGUGUAUGGUAUUUGAACCUCUGGCUAUGAAUUUGAGAGAGGUAUUGAAAAAAUAUGGAAAAGACGUUGGUCUUCAUGUAAAAGCGGUGAGAUCGUACACCCAACAGUUAUUUUUAGCAUUGAAACUCUUGAAGCGUGCUAAUAUAUUACAUGCUGAUAUCAAACCAGAUAAUAUUCUAGUCAGUGAAAGUAAAUUGGUGCUAAAACUUUGCGAUUUUGGUUCAGCUUCGCACGCCCAUGAAAAUGAAAUAACGCCUUACUUGGUGUCAAGGUUUUAUCGUGCACCGGAAAUAAUUCUUGGUAUACCGUAUGAUUUCGGGAUUGAUAUGUGGUCUGUUGGUUGCACCAUUUACGAACUCUAUACCGGAAAAAUAAUGUUCUCGGGAAAAACGAAUAAUCAGAUGUUGAAGUUUUUUAUGGAUCUGAAGGGAAAAAUGCCCAACAAACUUAUAAGAAAAGGUACCUUCAAGGAUCAGCACUUCGACGCGAACUGCAACUUCCUUUAUCACGAAGUGGACAAGGUUACGGAAAGGGAAAAAGUUGUAAUAAUGUCGACACUUUCCGCCAGCCGUGAUCUUGGCACCGAAUUGGGAGGUAAUUCCCUGCCACCUGAACAAAGUCGUAAAGUCGGCCAACUAAGGGACCUGUUGGAGCGUACCCUGAUGCUGGAUGCCGGAAAACGCAUAACCGUGAACCAUGCUUUGGCUCAUCCUUUUAUACAAGAGAAAAUCUAGAUGAGUCUUCGAUUCAAAAUCAGCAUUAAGUGUGGACGGACCUUUCAAGGGCCUUUAACGCUGUUCCCGUUGCAAGCCCUCCCUGAGCGGAGGGGAGGCAAUGGAAGAUGAUGGAAUCUGGUCAAAUCUCCUGGCUGUCUUAUCCCGGUUUGAUGACAGCUUCGACGGCAGAUAAUGCAUAUCUACCAAGUUGAGAUCGUCAGAUGUAUAACUUGAAUGACUUUGAUACAGGUUUUUCUGAGUCAGUGUAAGUCAUUAGGAAACACGUGAGUAUCCAUCUGCAUACAGGUGAGGUGUUAGCUGAAACAAAAUGAUCGUAAGACAGUAUUCUUUCAUUUACUUGAAGUUAUGCCAAGUCGCGCAUUUUUCGUGCCUUGUGAAAAUUUCUAAAUUAUUACUCGAGCCUAUUUAAAAUACAUCAAUUCACUGACUGAUUACAUUUUUGAUUUUCAGAUGAAGGAGAGAACUACAUUUUUCGUAAUGAAUGAUGGAAGUUAGUUUCAAACGAAUGAAACUAAAAUUUCUAAUUACCAACUAAGUCUGUCUUGACGAAUAAUGGUUGAACGCAUCAUAGGAAACUCCAAAAGCCAACUAUUAUGCACUCGUAUGCAUUAUAGAAUACACCAAUCGACACUGUGUGUGCAUUUUAGUACAGUAUAAGAUCGGCAGAUUUGCCUCACCUCAGUCAUGACAGAGGUAAACUUGGUAGUCGCAGAGCAAAGAAUGAAUCUUUGUUAUCGUAAGAUUUAUCAUAAUGUAAAUACAUUUAAUAAUGUAACAUGUGGAUUCAGAUGAUUAUAAUAAUUUUUAUCUAAAUUUCGUACUAUACUUUUUUCCCGACAAUUAAUCAUUCGAUUAGCUAAAGGCUUGAUAACUACUGUAGAUAGUAAUCGCAAAACACUUUGGAGUGGGGGAAGUAUUUGAUUGAUUGGUCAAUGAAAAAUGAAAGAUUGUAAUGAUUGCUUCAUACCAAUGAUCCAUCUUUAUUUCGAAGUACCAGUUACAUUUUACUUAUAUGAGGUAUAAUGAUAGUUAUUGGAAGAAUAAUUUAAAAUACAUAUAUCUCUGGUAAAGUAUGUGGUAUCUUUGUUUCCUAAUCUUAAACAGGGUAUUGCCCUUCGUACUACCGCACUCGCACAUUUUAAUUGCCUAAUUUCAACUAGGAAAACAUUCUCAGGUAUCAAGUAAUUCACUUCUUUUUCUACUUAUACAGGAUUAUGCAAUCUAUCUGAAUCGGACAUCACAUCGUUUCUUCUAAG